AUGGGUAAUAACAUAUCAAGUACAACUGCUUCAAUAGCGACUGCUGGCAUUGAUAGUUAUGUUAGUGAACUUGGAGAUAUAGAAUAUGAAAGAAGCUUAAGUAGCGCACGUUUUAUGAAAACAAUAUGCGGGCGUCAUAAAGAAGGACUUGUUGUUAUAAAAAUUUUCAUAAAGCCAGAGCCUGGCUUGUCUUUGGUUAAUGUGGUUAAAUCGCUUCAAGAUGAAAAAGAUGCACUGUCUGAAGUCCCUAAUGCUUUCCCAUACCAAAGAAUAAUUGAAACUGAAAAGGCUGGAUAUUUAAUAAGACAGUAUUUUUUUAGCAGUCUCUAUGAUCGUAUCAGUACACGGCCAUUUUUGAAUUGUAUCGAAAAAAAAUGGAUUACAUAUCAAAUUUUGUGCGGAGUACACGAUGCUCAUACUCGAGGGAUUUACCAUGGAGAUAUCAAGACAGAAAAUAUUCUCGUCACAUCAUGGAAUUGGGUAUAUUUGGCUGAUUUCGCAGGAUAUAAACCGACAUAUCUUCCAGAGGAUAAUCCUGCUGAUUUUUCUUUCUUUUUUGAUACAUCAUCACGAAGAACUUGUUAUCUUGCUCCAGAAAGAUUUUAUAAACCCGGUAGUGAAAUUGAUAGAAGAAAGAAUGAACUUGAGUUUGGAGAAAAAGACGGUGCAAUUACACCUGCUAUGGAUAUAUUUUCUUUGGGCUGUGUGAUUGCUGAACUUUUCUUAGAAGGCACACCAAUAUUUUCUUUAGCUCAACUAUUCGAAUAUAGGGCUGGAGAAUAUGAUCCAGGUGUUUAUCUGGAGAAAAUUGAGGAUGCAGAAAUAAAGGCUAUGGUAAAACACAUGAUUCAUGUAGACCCUUCGCAACGAUAUACUGCAGAGCAGUACUUACAAGAAUGGCGUGGCACAGCAUUUCCACAAUACUUUUAUACAUUCCUUCAUCAAUAUAUUGGUUCGGUGACCGACCCUCAUAACCAGACUCGUCCAAGAACGUUGGCUACUAAUGGUACUGAUAAAGCUGUUGAACCUCAAGACUCCAGUAUUACAACGAAUACCGUUAUAAAUACUGAUGCAGAUGAUAAAAUAGAGAGAAUUUACUAUGAAUUCGAUAAAAUAGCUUUUUUCCUUGGAUUUUACAAUGAGAACGUGCAAGAUACCGAAGUGGUUGUUAAUAAUAGCCACGCUGAUAAAGUUGGUGAAAGUUCGCGUCCUAUAGAAGUAUCAUCACCGAAUAUGACACCAGCGUUAACAGUUAAUCUUCAUAUACCAAAUUAUGAUUAUUUUUCAUUUAAAAAUAAAAAACGAGGAAAAAAUGCAGACGAUGGUGCGUUAAUAUUUCUCUCUCUAAUAUGCGCUACUAUCCGGAAUACUGCAUAUCCUUCAUCAAAACUUCAUGCGUUGGAUAUGUUGCUUGCAAUUGGGCAGCAUUUGGAAGAUGAAUUUAAAUUGGAUCGUUUAACCCCUUAUUUAAUCGCACUUUUGGGUGAUGAAGUCGGUCAUGUUAGAGCCAAUGCAGUCAAGACGUUAGCGCAUUUGCUUUCUAUGGUUGAGACUAUUACUCCUUCAAACGCAACUAUUUUCCCAGAGUAUAUAAUGCCUAAUCUUCGUAAAUUUGCUACUGAUCCUGAAAUCCUUGUAAGGAUGACAUAUGCCCAAUGCAUUGCAACUUUUGCAGAGACAGCAUUGCGAUUUCUUGAAUUGACACAACAAUUUAAGGCUGAGGAUUAUCUAAAUGUUGCCGAUAAUGUUGCUGUGAUUGAAGGAUCUUAUGAGGCGACUUAUGAUGCUACUUUACAUGACCUUCAAUCCAUUAUACAAGAACAAGUGACCACUCUUUUAAUUGAUACCGAAAGUGCGGUUAAACGUGCUUUAUUAUCGAAUAUUACUAGCCUUUGUAUUUUCUUUGGUCGACAAAAAGCCAAUGAUGUGCUACUGAGUCAUAUGAUAACGUACUUGAAUGAUCGUGAUUGGAUGUUAAGAAGUGCGUUUUUUGAAAGUAUAAUCGGAGUUGGUACUUUUGUUGGAGGUCGAAGUUUGGAAGAAUAUAUUCUACCUUUGAUGAUUCAAUCUCUCUCUGAUGCAGAAGAAUUUGUUGUAGAAAAAGUUCUUAAUUCACUCACAAGCUUAGCAGAAAUAGGAUUAUUCCAAAAAAUGAAGUUGUGGGAAUUAAUUGCCAUUGUAUCACCACUAAUGUGUCACCCUGGCAUAUACAUUCGUUAUGGGACCAUUGCUUUUAUUGCGUCGGCUUCCAGACUUUUAUCAACAACUGAUGUUUGGUGUAUCGUAUAUCCGAUAAUAAGACCAUUUUUACAGGCUGACAUUGCUGAAGUUACAGAAUUUCAUUUAUUAGAGAAUGUUAAAGAACCGAUUUCACGUCCCGUUUUCGAUAAAGCAGUCUCUUGGGCUGGCAAAUCUAAUAAAUCUUCAUUUUGGAAACAAGCUAAAGAACGCAAAGCAAAUAAAUCCGCAUCAACAACGGUUUCGGGUAAUUCUAGUGUCACUAGCUUAUUGUCGAGACGAACCUCUACACUCGCAGUUAAUGCUGGGAAAAUUCUUAAAUCAGAGGAGGAUGAACAGAAUUUGGAAACAAUGAGGAGUAUGGGCAUGACAUACGAGGACGAAGAAAAAAUAAUUGCAAUGAGAGAUUAUAUAUAUAAAUUAUCUGUUUCUAAAAUAAAUGCUCGCCCAAGAUUGGAUGAAAGUCUUAAGAUGGAGGAUGGGUCCAUCGUAUUGAAAAACUUGGGUAUAACUCCCCAUAAUGUUUUUGUCAUGCCAAUUAAUUCCGAUGGGCACACUAUAAGAAACAAUUCUCUUCUGCCUGAUAAAACAAAUGUUGUUGGGACACCAAGCCCUUAUCGGGUAGCAAGUGCGAAGAGUAGCAAAGCGUCAUUGGUAGAACCAUCAGUUUCACGAGUUUCUAGUGAGAGUAAUCUUCAGCUUCUUAAAGCUGAAGAGCAAGCUCGCUUGAUUUCUUCUAGUCUUCGAGAAGCUAGAAUUAAUUCGGAAGGAAAGGUUCCAAUUAAACCUGUAUCAGCUUCAUUUCAACCUGAACUCGUUACCGGUACUUUAUCUUCUACAAUUCAAAGGAAGAAUGUGCCGGCUCCUAUUACAAUCAACGCAACGAACCCUCAAAAUUCCUUAACUCCGUCAUUUUCGACACCAGUACGUGAAAGGCACAUUUCUUUAGUCAAAAGACCGGUUGAUAGCCCGAAGGCGGCACCUGCAACUAGUACCAAUACGACAACUGUUAUUGGAACCAUGGAGAUGCCUAUUCCCGUUUCUAAGCCAGAUAUAACCAUAAAUGGUAUCAAUGGAAAUGUUAAUCCACAGAUAGAAGAAAUCCCAACGAGAAAAAAUCUUGGUGCAUUUGUUUCUAGCACAUAUGAGGGUAAUGAUCGAAAUGUCAAAAAUUUGUUGGAUAACUUAUACCUUGAAGCGUUUCCUGAACCUAUGCUAGAGUUUGGACCAAAAGUAACAAAACCAUUGGUUCCACGUCCCGGAAAGGCUGCAAAAGGAACACCUGUCUUGAGAACUAUUGCUAACUGGAAACCUGAAGGUACAUUGGUGGCACACAUUACAGAACACAAAUUAUCUAUUAAUCAAAUAUGUGUAUCUCCUGAUCACAAUUUCUUUGCGUCAUGCUCGGACGAUGGAACUGUUAAAAUAUGGGAUUGUGCUAGAUUUGUUAAAAACUUUAAUAACCGCUCAAGAGUCACAUAUAACCAACAAGGCGGCAAGAUCAAAUGCAUGACAUUUAUUGAUAGCACACAUUGUAUUGCAACUGCAUCAGAUAAUGGAAGUAUCCACAUAUUUAGAAUUGAUUAUUCUCCUGCAGUCCCUGCACCGAAAUACGGAAAACCACAAACUGUAAGAGAAACAUUCUUGGAUGGAGAAUAUGCUGUGGCAAUGCAACAUUAUGACACUGGCACAGAGUCUAUUUUGCUUUAUGUAACAUCUAAGGGAAACAUAUGUGGAUUAGAUUUAAGGACAAUGCAAAUAUUAUGGAAAUUUGAAAAUCCUAAAAGCCACGGUGUCAUUACAGCAAUGGUAUCUGAUAAAAGACAUAGGUGGCUUCUUAUUGGUACAUCUAGAGGAAUAUUUACACUAUGGGAUUUACGAUUUCGAAUUCAAAUUCGAUCAUGGGUUCACCCUACGAAAAGUCGAAUUAGUAGGCUUCUUUUACAUCCUCAAAUUGGAAAUCAGAAAUGGUGGGUAAUUGUUGGUGCUGGAAAAAAUGAGGUUUCAAUUUGGGAUAUAGAAAAAGUUGAAUGUAAAGAAGUUUUUGGUGUGAGAACUGGUGACGAGAAGAUUGGUGGUAUAUCUUUAGAUAUGUUUAAGGCGGUUGAACCUCCAGGUCCAAAUGAUAUAUUGCGAAGUGCUUUUACUGCUCAUGAAAGCAGUUUUUCUGCAGAUAAUUCUAUUCGAGCAGUUCUUUACCCGCAUGAAUGUAAUUAUAUGAUAACAGCUGGAGCAGAUCGCAAAAUUAGGUUUUGGGAUAAUAAUCGGGUCGAAGAUUCGUAUGUGAUUAUUGGAUCAGAUCCUGACGAAACUAGACCUACUUAUAAUACGAGACCAUUCGAUGGAAUAAAAGUUCACUAUGAAUUACUAUCUCGUAAUGCAAAUACUGUAGCAUCCCAGUCAUCGUCCACUACAUCGUCUUUACAAAAUUCAACACACUCAAAUGGACAUAAUGGUUCUAGUCAUAGUAAUAGUAGUGUUAAGCGACCAUCUGCUAAUAAUAAACAAUACAACGCUGGAAAAAAUCAAUUAAUAUCUUAUCAACAAUUGCUACUUAAAAAUCACUUAGAUUGCAUAACUGAUUUAGCAAUUACAGAAAUUCCACACCCAAUGUUAAUUAGUGGAGAUAGAGAUGGUGUUAUUAAGGUAUUUUUGUAG